GGGAAAUGAAUGAUGCCUCGCUUUGACCUUUGACCAUAAGCCCUAACUCUGGAUAGCUGGCCUCACCACACACAUAAUCGUGGCCUUGACGUCAGUCCCCUGACCCCGGACCCUUAUCUCAGCCUGACUGUACUCUGCCCUUAACCUCUAGCCCUAGUCGACUCCAUAACCGUGGCCUUGGCCCCAGUCCCCCUGACUUCCCCACUUCAGACCAGAUGCUGCCCAUAUCCCCUUAUGAAGUCUUGGCCAAGCAACCCCUAGGUUGUACGUUUUCCCUGUAAUGAUUAAAGAGGCGGUGCUAAGCUGCAGACGGACUUGCGACUCCGCCAGUGGUGUAAGCCAGGCGGGAGGUGGUGCCUAAUAAGCUCAAGAGAGGAGGCGGGUUCUGGAAGAAGGCCAAUAGCCUGUGAAGGCGAGUCUAGCAGCAACCAAUAGCUAUGAGCGAGAGGCGGGACUCUGAGGGAAGUCCAUCGCUGGAGGGGCCUGGCGCAGGUACCGCCAAUGGCUUUUGGCGGGGGCGUUCCCCAACCCUGCCCUCUCUCAUGACCUCGCUCCGGGGAUAUGACCGGGACUGGGCUGCUGGCGCUGCGGACGCUGCCAGGGCCCAGCUGGGUGCGAGGCUCGGGCCCUUCCGUGCUGAGCCGCCUGCGGGACGCGGCCGUGGUGCGGCCUGGCUUCCUGAGCACGGCAGAGGAGGAGACGCUGAGCCGAGAACUGGAUCCCGAGCUGCGCCGCCGCCGCUACGAAUACGAUCACUGGGACGCGGCCAUCCACGGCUUCCGAGAGACAGAGAAGUCGCGCUGGUCAGAAGCCAGCCGGGCCAUCCUGCAGCGCAUGCAGGCGGCUGCCUUUGGCCCCGGCCAGACCCUGCUCUCCUCCGUGCACGUGCUGGACCUGGAAGCCCGCGGCUACAUCAAGCCCCACGUGGACAGCAUCAAGUUCUGCGGGGCCACCAUCGCUGGCCUGUCUCUCCUGUCUCCCAGCGUUAUGCGGCUGGUGCACACCCAGGAGCCGGGGGAGUGGCUGGAACUCUUGUUGGAGCCGGGCUCCCUCUACAUCCUUAGGGGCUCAGCCCGUUAUGACUUCUCCCAUGAGAUCCUUCGGGAUGAAGAGUCCUUCUUUGGGGAGCGCCGGAUUCCCCGGGGCCGGCGCAUCUCCGUAAUCUGCCGCUCCCUCCCUGAGGGCAUGGGGCCAGGGGAGUUUGGACAGCCGCCCCCAGCCUGCUGACCCGCAGCUUUCUACAGACACUGGAUUUGUGAAUAAAGUUGGGGAAUGGACAGCCUAA